UGACUCAAGGGUUAUAUGUUUUGUUUAUUUUGUUACCUUUAAAAAAAUUAACUCUUCAGUAACAUUUUCUUGAAAUUGUUCGUAGUCCCCUAUGUUCGUAUAGUUAUAAUAUUAUGGUUGAUCCCAGUUUCCAGUUGAUUGGUCAAGGUGCCGAGGCUAGACUGUACAAAGGAAUUUAUUUGGGUAAACUUACUUUGGUGAAAGAAAGAUUUAGGAAAACUUACCGACAUGAGGAUUUGGAUGAACAACUUAAUAAAGAAAGAAUUAAAGCUGAAGCAAGGACUAUUUUGAAGUGCAAAAUUGCAGGGAUCAGAACACCUGCAGUGUACUUGGUGGACAUGAACAGGAAGUGCAUAUUCAUGGAAUACAUGGACGACAGCGUGACAGUGAAGGACUACAUAGCGUCGCUGACCAACGGAGAGGAGCGAGAGGCCAGGUUGAGCGACGUGGCCAAGCAGGUCGGCUCGGCCGUGGGGAGGAUGCACGCCCACAACCUGAUCCACGGGGACCUCACCACGUCCAACAUGCUCUUGGCGACGGGCGAUGCAGAGGACAGGCUGGUGCUGAUAGACUUCGGGCUGAGCGUGGGGCAGGCCACGGCGGAGGACAAGGCGGUAGACCUGUACGUCCUGGAACGAGCGCUCCUCAGCACUCAUGCGGACAUGGACUCCUUCUUCCCCUGCGUCCUCGCCAGCUACAGGAAGUGCAACAAGGACUCUGCCGAGGUGCUCAGGAAGCUGGACGAAGUCAGGUCCAGGGGCAGGAAAAGAACCAUGAUCGGUUAGGACUCACUGCGCCUCGCAGUAUCAGCAGUCUCUCUUCAUAAAACAUAUACUGUGCUUUGAUGUGACCAAUGCAAGGUUUUUUUUUAUUUCUGAGUGAUAUUAAUACUUUUUAAUCUGGUCUACAUCUUAUGGGCAAGCUCUCUUUUGAAGCUAGCACAAAUGUUUCAACAGAAUAGGGUCUGGUUGUGCUAAUGAUGAGCAUUAGAUAGUCUCUCGUAAUUACAAUUACACAGGUUUCAUUAGUUAUUAAUAAGUUAUUUUAUUGCAACUUGCGGUUUAUUACUGUGGUAUGUUUCUAGUGAUCAAAAUAUUAUUUAAAAUAAUUUUUAAUAUCCAGUUGCAAUGAUGGGAUGACUUAACAUCUGUGAAGUUAAACUUGGUAGAGUAAAAUGACAGUUAAUGAAGCUUGUCUUGUGUGUUCGUGGACACAAACAAAUUAUGCUUUCUGUAUGGAAUUACAGUGAGUAUUUUGUGUUGUAAACUGUUAAGUUAUACAGUUGUGGCAAGUUUAUUUUUAUAUUUUUUUGUAUGAUGUUACCAUGCAUACUAAUGGAUCUGUCAAUUAUAUUCAGGAGAAUCAGUGUUCCAAUUUUGUGUGUUAACUGCUAUGGUAAGGGUUUUUUUUGCACACAGAUAUACUCACAAAAUAUAAAAAAGUAUAGCUGAUUCCUAGAAUGUUUUUAUUCUUAACAAAACUUCCUUGUUUUGGGAUUCCAUGCCACCCAAUAAAUUUAUGCUUUGCAAUUUGUGAACAUUCUGUAUUUAAAAACAUGGAAUGGAAAUAAUCAAGCCUAACAUCUAAUUGACAUCAAGGUUGCUCGAGAUGACAAAAGGUGGUGACGAAAUGCUAACGGGGCACUAUGGAACAAGUGGGUGGGGGCAACUGCAGCAUCUACCACGUUCCCCUCUCGAGAAACAUCAAGGUACUUGUACCACCAGUCUUUAUUACUUAUUUAUUUAAAUAAAAACUACAUGUUUAUGAUUUUAUGAUAAAAAAAAAGUUCAGUCAAACUGAAUAUUCCGCUAUCAUGAUGAAGCACUUCUUUAAAAAUUCUUAAUACCUGGUAAGAGAUGUAGGUAAUGUUGACAAAUAACUCCAUUCAUGUAGUAUUAUCAAUAUUAGAAAUGUAGUAUAAUCAUAGGAACAAAUUUUCUUAGUCAUCAACUAAACAAUAUAUAUACUGUAAGGACCACAAAAGUAAUGAGCUGCACCCCAUAGUUCCAACAACAAACAUUGCUUAGCACGGAUCAGCAGAACAAAGCGGUGGUGGGUAGCGCACAUGGAACGUCGUGGCACACGGCCUGGCUGUAUACUAGGCGUUCUAAAAAUAUGCAGCAUUCAAUUAUAUAUCUGUGAAAACGUAAAAAGAGGAAUGAUAGCAGUUUGUUACAUUGAAUACAAUGUAAACAGUCAUCAAGAAUUGUAACAUUAAGUGAUUAUAAAGAAAUCUUGACUAAAGUUUGUAAACUCGCCACAAUGAAUGCAGUGUUGGUUUGGUCCACGGCUCACAUAAACCAAGAGUGGCAAAAUGGUACCUCUCAGUCCUAUGAAAUGAGGCGAUAAGGAAACAUUAAAAUAUCACGAAAUCUCUAUAAGUCAAAGAAUAAAUACCAGCUCUUACAAAGUCUGAGCCAAACAUGAUGUAGCACUAUCACUAUUUUUAUCUCUGUUGACAUUUACACUGUUGCUUGUUGAUGGAAGGAAUUUGUCAUCAUCACUAUCAUUAUGUAAAUUUACUAAAAACUGGUCCAUUGCCAUGUCUAUUUUGCAUCCCCUUGUUCAGUAAUUAUAAUCUAAUUUUUCAACAUGAUUGCAGUAGCCCACCCAGUCAUUCGUUAUGGAUUUAACAGCAUCCAAUGUGUGCGUCUGAAGUGCUUGCGCAGAAAAAUUACACAGUAUUACAAUCCCGAUGCACCUCCUUAUCUUUGCCCACGCUAAUUUAAUAGCGUUGCUUUCAAAGAUGUAUAGUGGGAGUCAAAUGACGUGAAGCCCUGUAUUUUUUUAAAAGUUGAUUAACCCGAAACAUUCUUUGGUUUAUGCUUUCAUACUAGUUCCAUCAAUAGGCAUUUCAGCAUUUUUUAAUCACACACUACAACUCUGCAUUUUAGCCAUGCAAUCAUUCUUUUUUUUCCUGCAUUUCGAAGAAGGCUUAUAGUCUUGUUUGGAGUGACAUGGCGCAUUAUCCAUUACUACAUCAGAAAAUGGCGGCAAGUUUGGUAGAACAUGUUCGGACAGCCAUUUUUCAAAAUUAGUAGCAUUCAUUUCCCCGUGAUAAUCUGUCGUACCUGACUUAUACAUCAAUAAUCCCCUUAGUAAAAAUCCACAUCUAGAACCAAUAUUAGCCAAGGUUGCAUUUCCUUUAGUUACUCCCGUUACAUCAUUUUUGCAUUGCCAGAAUUUCUGGAAUGUGAGAUUAGUAUCUACCCACGACUCAUAAAGGUUGUGAGGUACUUGGAGCACCAUGCCACUAUAUCAGCUCAUAUUAUCAACAAACAGAGCCUGUCUUUGCACCGUUUCCAGACGAAGCCUAUACUUCGCAAUAAUCUCUUGAGAUGGAGGGCUUCACUGCCAACCAACUUGUCCCCUAAUGCAGAAAUUAGUUUGCGCACUGUAGGGAUAACUUUUUUUACCGCAUAGAAUUCCUGGAUUGUGUCUCUUAUGACACAUUUAUCAAAGCUGUGGAUCUCAUUUUUGGGUUUUUUCGUGGCCUGCUCAUAAAAUAUACAAUGUAGCACUCUUAAUAAUCAAAAAGAAAUAAACAUACGUACACCUAACAUAACCAAUGAUAAAUAUAUUUUUUUUAACAUCACUGAAGCUUAUUACACAUGUAUUAAAUGCAUGGCUUACCUCUUUUUCUCUGGUGUUGUAUGCAGUUUAUUUGGCAUUGCAAUUUGUUUCUUCCGAAAACGCAUCACUGUUGCUUUGCUUAUAUCUGUAUAAUUUGCAGCACGUUCCAUUGUUUUGUGAAAAGGAAUUGAACUGCAUUUUUCACGACCGUUUUGAUCACAGAUUGAUAUUACUUUACUAAUUAUUUCUCUCUCUUUGCUGCGAAUCACGUUAUUUUUCCUACUCUUUACAAUCGGUACCAUUACUCAUCACACACUACCUGCCAAUAUACUUCACAUGGUUAUUAAUGUAGGAAGGGAGACGGAAUCCCCCACUGCAACACACUCCCUUUCCCUUCUUCCUCUGUUAUCCUUCAUCCUCUCUUUCCUCUUUACCCCUGUGCUGACAGCUCACAAGAUUGGAAGACAUUUGUAUUUACUGAACGUAAAAAUACUAUUUUAUGUCUUAUCAGCUAUCAGCUAAAGAGAUAUGAGCUACAUAACCCUCAUUUUACUUAAAUGCCCACAAAUUAUGUUUCCACUAACUUAUAACUAGAGUCAAGAUUUUGUGGUGUUAUUUUAAGACAAAUUUCGGUGUAAAGAAAUAAAGAUUUCGGUGUUAUAUGGUUUUAUUCUUUUGCUCAAAAUACCCACGGAAAAAUUUUCUUGUUUUUCUGUACGACAUGCAAAUUU